UGCAAACCACGUGACCUGUACGUCACGAAAGAAUCCAGGAAGUGAUAAGUGAGUACGUGGCCUUAUCGUCUUGGAUCAUAUACGGAGCAGCACCGCUUCUUUGCAAAAUGGAACUCGAGGCUAUGACCAGAUACACCAGCCCGGUGAACCCGGCUGUGUUCCCGCAUCUCACUGUCGUCCUUCUGGCCAUCGGCAUGUUCUUCACCGCCUGGUUCUUCGUCUACGAGGUGACAUCAACAAAAUACACCAGAGAUGUCUACAAAGAGCUGCUGAUCUCCCUCGUGGCUUCCCUUUUCAUGGGCUUUGGUGUGCUGUUCUUACUACUCUGGGUUGGCAUAUAUGUAUAAAGAUUCAUGUGACUUGACUGACAGCAGUACGACACAUUCCAUUGAAAGAAAGGACAUCACAAACAACAUGGACUCGAUUUAAUUGGACUGCACUGACAUUUUGGCAUCUUAUGGACUCUGGUUCUCUUGUCACUAGUAAAGGGGAUUUGUAUAA